AACCUGAGGUGACCAUUUCUGAGCUGGUUGUCUCUGCUUUUGGUCAGAUCUACCUUCAGUCCCAUGGGAGGCUUUGAAGGUCAUUUGUACCCCGGACUGUCUCUCUUCUUCUAUGGACUUUAUCAUGCACGACUAGUCUCCAGGGCCUUGAUAUGCAACUACCCUGUCCAGUAUCUGCCACGCCAUCCCUGGAGCAAAGGAAGAUGGGCAAGGCUGAGACAAAUACACUAUGUUGGGCUGGUGAAGAUAUUAAGUGCCUGCAUUUUAGUAGCUCAAGAGCUACAUAACAUACAUGGACAGUUUGUACUCAUCAGCAAGAUAUAUCAUCAGAGAAACUUUUUGUACCGCAAACAGUGGCAGCAUCUCACUCUAUAUAUUACCUUCUUCCUGAGCGGGUGUGUAGAUGUGGUGAGCCAGAACGUGCUGCCCCAGAGGUGUGCUGCUCUGGAGCAAGGUGCCCAAGCCCUGGGUAUGUUUCUGUUUCUGCCUCUGAUGGUGUCUCACAUGCAGGACUCAGAAGGUGUGGAGCUGCAGUCUCACAUCCUGCUCACUCAGGUCAUAUUCCUGCUGGCAUUGGUGGUGAUCGCAGAGCUGUGGGCCCCUGAUGUGCUGCAACUCUGGGUGAUGAAGGCUUUUUUUUAUAUGAUGACAGGCUCUUGGCUGAUUCAGAUAGGCUUUAUGCUGUACAAACCAAUUUCUGGCUAUAAAUGGAUGGAUGAUGACAAAAACAACAUUAUAUUUGUCACCACCUUCUUCUGCUGGCAUGUGGCUUCCAUUGCCAUUUUGAUGAUCUGGGUCUAUGGCUUCUCUUUUUUGUGGUAUUGUUACAUUUGUUGAUGUUUGAACCUGGGUAAGCCAGGAAUGGUUUCUGUCACCUGCACAUUCUGGAAUACCUGGAAGAGAAGUUGUGGGAAGUGCAGGUGUCAGAGAAGAUGACUGAGGCAACAGACUCUGCUGGGAUGGGCAUACCCUUCACCCCUUCUGGCUUUUCUUAGUCUCAUUUGCUGAGCAGGGUGCAGAGGCAAGGCAAAUGAAACACAAGAGAUAUGUGACUAUGACCUUCAUUCUCAGCUUCCCAACUAUUUCCCCCACCUCCCUACUCUCUCCUCAACUCCAACCAAGGCAUUCUGCUUGCCUUGCUCCUCUCUGUAUUCUUCACAUCCCUCCCAGGAGAGCAUGAAAAUAAAUGUACUAUAUCCUGUCUUUGGGUCUUUAUAAAUAUCCUCACCCACCCCAGAGCAUA